UCGCGAGAUGUGCAGUAAUCUUGAGGCUUGGUUGCGUUGGAACCGUUUACCACCAUCUGGCGGCUCUUUUAAACUGGAACCUCGCGAUUCAAUACAAGGUCAAACAUAACAAUAGACUAUCUCAUGUUUUGUUUUUGUUAAGAGAUGUUGUUAGCAAUAAAUAAUGUAAGGUAAGGAGAGGUCCCUGGCUGGCAGAACAAACGCGGAUAAAGCGACCCGCUUACCUUGACCUUCCACGCAGUCCUCCACUGUGCCGAGUGUGACAAGGAUCUUCAGCAUGGACAGCAGCAGAAAGAAGAUUGUGUUCAAGUGGCGACAAACUGCAGUCACCUCACCUGUACAUCCUCAGGGGAGGGAUGCUGGCUCACGCACACCCUCCUGCUGCAAUAUGUGGCCGAACGAAGAACUGCCCACUUCGCCCCUUGGUGACUCUCCAGGACCUGACGGCCUUGGAGAGCUGAGUCUGUAUACUCCAAAGAGAAAAGCAGCGGCGCUUGGUGAAGGCACGUCCUCUCUAGGCAAAGUUAAGCUGAGGAAGCUGUCCCGAGAACAUCAUAAACAUUUCAUUGCUUCAAAGGAAACACCUGUGGACAACUCAUCCAAGCAACUUGAAUCCACAGAGAGCAUACUAUCACCGCUUCCGUCUCACUCUUUUGUCAUGAAAAAGAAAGAGAGGACACCUGAGGAGGGAUCAAAGGCCAUCUACAGGAUGGCAGUGAUUGCAGCCAUUGACAGCACCAAAGGAAGACGCAGCACUACUGACAUGUCCAACACUUUGUCAUUUGAACCUUCCCCAGUGACGACUGAACUGCUCAGCCCAGCUUCACUUGAUAGGACACCCAUGAGUAUUAACUGUUCCUCGAUUGAAUCUGAAAAUAAACCGGAGGAUGACGACACUGACCUGGACGACCAGGGCUCCCCCUUACGAAUGUUUGAGGACAGAGAAGCCCUGGGUGACCACUCAGAGACUAAGAAAGACAGAAGGAGUGUUGUGCUCAAAGGAGAAGAUUCACCUGAGAGGUUUGUUGCCCAGGAAUCUGUGUUGGUAGAGACAACCUCUCAAGGUGAGUCAUUUGCUGCAGGAACUUCACCAGAGGCUGAGGAGCGUGACUCGUCCUUCCCCUCUCUGGACUGUGACCCAGAUUCUUUGCCCAGUCUCACAACUUAUCUGACAGGCAGCCAAAGAUGGCCAAGUCCUUCAGCGAAUAUCCAGGCAGAUACACCUUCCUCACUCCCAUUUUUAUACACCAAUGAAAACACUGGGACUGGCCUGGCAGCUGCAGGAGGCAUGGAGAUGCCUUUCCCACCAUCACAGAGGCAAGUUUUUGUCUCAUUCAAGCAGUCCCCGCCACCAAAUACACGCCCUUCAAAAGCAUCGAGAGCUGACUCUGAGCAGUUUCACUCCUCCGACAUUAUGGCCCAUUUAUUGGAUCCCUUUUCUCUGCCACUACAAUCUAACAAUCGAGUAUCAAAGCCUUACUUAAACUCCAAAACCACACGCAGACAGUCAGAUGGUGGUUCUUCCGUGCGUCCCCCCCCCCACUCUCUAACUCAAGGUGGCACGCCUAAAAGAAGACUGUCCAUGAGGGCAGAACGUACAUGGAACAGUUACUCCUACCAGGACAGACAGGUUGGUUUCAUAGACACACACUGUCAUCUGGACAUGCUCUAUGGAAAACUUGGCUUCAGAGGGACGUUCAGCAGCUUUCAAGGGCUCUUCCAAAGCAGCUUCCCUCCAGAGUUCAGAGGCUGUAUUACCAACUUCUGCAACCCAGGGACCAUGUUGAAAGAGGCCCUGUGGGAAGGUUUGCUGGCUGAAGACAUGGUAUGGGGGGCUUUUGGGUGCCACCCGCACUUUGCCAAAAACUAUUCAAGUUUCCAUGAACGCAGUAUACUGAUGGCCAUGCGGCAUCCAAAAGCUGUGGCAUUCGGUGAGAUGGGCUUGGAUUACUCCCACAAAAACUCCACAGACACCCCCAAGCAAAAAGAGGUGUUUGAGCGUCAGCUGCAUUUGGCUGUGGCCAUGCGGAAGCCGUUGUUGAUCCACUGCCGGGAUGCUGAUGACGACCUGCUGGAAAUCAUGAGGAAGUGUGUCCCAAGGGACUACAAAAUUCACCGGCACUGUUUCACAAACAGUUAUCCAGUGAUCGAGCCAUUCCUGACAGAGUUUCCCAACCUGUAUGUGGGCUUCACAUCCCUGAUCACCUACUUCAGAGCGAUGGAGGCUCGAGACUCUGUCCGUAAGAUCCCUCUUGACCGCAUUGUGUUGGAGACAGAUGCACCAUAUUUCCUGCCCAGACAGGUGAAAAAAAAAGUCUGCCAGUUUUCACAUCCUGGAAUGGGCAUACAUACGCUACAGGAGCUGAGCCUGCUGAAGGGGGAGGACAUGGACACGGUUCUCACCACCAUCCGAAACAACACCACUCAACUCUACGGCAUAUAAUCCUCAGAGACGGUGGAUAAAAACCAGCAUGACAGAAAGCGCAACAUUUCAGAGCUGGUUUGUGGCACAAUCAUUUUAAGUGGCGUUUUGUUUUAGAUUCAUUGUCCUCCAUGUAGAGAUGUCAGAAAAUGGAGGAGCAGUCUCAUUUUAAACAACUUGAAAGAGCUGAUUCUGAUCUUGAACUGAAUUAAAAGAAGAAAAAAAACUGGCUGAAAUGAGGAAUUCUCUUAUCUGAUAGAGAUGCUGUAUAUCAUUGUUUAUCUGAUCAUAUUCUUUGUUAUUGUUCAUCCUAGAAAUUAAUUCCUUAAUAUGUUUGUUUUGUAAGUUAUUGUGUUUGCUGUGUUGCUGUGACAUCAUUUGCCUUGUUCUAAUGUGUCUGGAUGUUGGUGAUGUCUAGUUUGGUUUGAUACAGUGGAGACAUUAAAAGCCUGAUGCUUUUUGUAUUCUAUAUUUGUAGUUUGUUGAGCUCAUUUAUGCACAAGAAUGUGAAGAUGCGAAAUGGAAGAGAGUAAAGUGUUCUCUGUAAUACAGCGA